AUGGCGCCGGCGAUGAUGAUGAAGAGCGCCGGCAACGGCGGCAGGGCGGGCGGGCACGUGCGGUCGGCGAGCGUGCCGACCCAGAGGAACCCGCUGCUGACCCACGUCGACGACCAGCUGCGCGCGCUCCGGUCCUGGACCUCCGACCCGGGCCAGAACCCGCUGGCGCUCGCCCACGUCCGCGCGCUCCUCUGCGUGCUCGACGAGCUGCUGGAGCACUCGUACCUGCCGCUGGCCCUCGCGCCGGCCGACGCCUUGCUUGACGGCUUCCUCGCCCUCGCCGACGCCUACGGCUGCUUCCUGGCCGCCCUGCUCGCGCUCCGCGGCCAUGCUGCCGAGCUCCGCGCCGCCGUGCGCCGCCGCGACCCCGCCAAGCUCGCCUCCGCGGCCCGCGCGCAGCGCCGCGCCUCCAAGGACCUCGCUGGCCUAGCCGCCGCAGUCGCCAAGUGUGUGCCCGUGCCAGUCCACACCUCUUCCUCCUCCGCCUCGUCCUGUCUCGACGUGGCGCGCACCGUGGCCAAGGCCGUGGGCGACACGGCGGCCGCGUCCGCGUCCGUAUUCCUCCAGGUCGCCGCCCUGGCCGACGCCGCUGCGGCCACGGCGCUGGCGUCCUCCUCUGCCACCUCGCCCAAGCCGAGGCUUGCGCUUGUGAGCGGCAAGAAGCCUGCCGCCGCCGGCGAGGACACGCACAGGGACGCGGCGGCGAGGCUGCUGGAGCUGGAGGAGUGCGUGGGCGAGCUGGAGAGCGAGAGCGAGAAGGUGUUCCGCAGCCUCGUGCGCACCAGGGUCUCCCUGCUCAACAUCCACACGCCAGCAAUUUAG